CCCCCACCCCUCCAGCCAGCUACUCUCGGGUUGUCAUGGCCAAGCCCUCCUCACGCCCCCCUGCCCAGCUCCAGAGGCCUCAGGUGAACCGUUUCCUCUAGAAGCUGGUCUGGGAGGCAGUGACUGUCUUCGGGGCUCCGACCUGACCUGUCUCCAUGGGAUAUGUCCCCCUGCAGCCUUGAGCUCUGGCGACAGAUCUGGGAGAGGGGGUCCCUGUGAGGCUGGACGCGAGGCUCACCCAGGGGCCAGGGUGAUGAUUUGAAUCCAGACUGAGCCCCAGUGCGGAGAAGACCUUGGGGUGGAGAGGGCUCUGUAUCCUGAGCGCUGGGAUCCCCCAGGACGCUCCCUGGCCCCCCAGGCCCCCGGCCCGGCGCCCAGCUGCCCAGCCGCCCAGCCGCCCUGCCCUGGUUCAGCUGAUUUCUCAGGCUGGAGGAGGCCAUAGCGGCCUGGCUCGUGGCUGCGGUGCCCGUCCCUGCUCUGUGCUUGGCCUCCGCGAUGUCACCAGCUCUGCGCCCCCUCCUCCUCCUGGGCCUGGGCCUGCUGGCUGGAGCCCUCAGCCCCAGCGACCCCAACAGCUGCAGCUUCUGGGAAAGCUUCACCACCACCACCAAGGAGUCUCACUCCCGCCCCUUCAGCCUGCUCCCUCCGGAGCCCUGUGACCGGCCCCGGGAGAGCCCCCACAGCUGCCCCCGGCCCACUGUUGUCUACAGGACGGUGUACCGCCAGGUGGUGAAGACAGACCACCGGAAGCGUCUGCAGUGCUGCCGGGGCUUCUAUGAGAGCAGUGGGAUCUGUGUCCCGCGCUGUGACCAGGAGUGUGUCCACGGCCGCUGCGUGGCGCCCAAUCGGUGUCAGUGUGCGCAGGACUGGAGGGGCGAGGACUGUUCCAGCGGCUGUGCCCCAGGGGUGUGGGGGCUGCAGUGCGACAAGCCCUGUCCCUGCGGCAACGGCAGUUCCUGUGACCCCAAGAGCGGAGCGUGCUCCUGCCCCCCCGGCCUGCGGCCCCCACGCUGCCUGGAGCCCUGCCCCCCCGGCCACUAUGGUCCCGCCUGCCAGUUCCGCUGCCAGUGCCACGGAGCACCGUGUGACCCCCAGACCGGAGCCUGCUUCUGCCCCCCGGAGAGAACUGGGCCCAGCUGUGAGCUGUCCUGUGUGCGGGGCGCUGUCGGCUUCUUCUGCCCCAGCACCCAUCCCUGCCACAACGGGGGCGUCUUCCAGGCUUCCCGGGGCUCCUGCAGCUGCCCGCCGGGUUGGAUGGGCACCAUCUGCUCCCUGCCUUGCCCGGAGGGCUUCCACGGACCCAACUGCUCCCAAGAGUGUCGCUGUCACAAUGGUGGCCUUUGCGACCGCUUCACUGGGCAGUGUCGCUGCGCUCCAGGCUACACGGGGGAUCGGUGCCGUGAGGAGUGUCCCGUGGGCCGCUUCGGGCAGGACUGUGCGGAGACGUGCGACUGCGCGCCCGGCGCCCGCUGCUUCCCGGCCAACGGCGCGUGUCUGUGCGAACACGGCUUCACGGGGGACCGCUGCACCGAGCGCCUCUGCCCCGACGGCCGCUACGGCCUCAGCUGCCAGGAGCCCUGCACCUGCGACCCGGAGCACAGCCUCAGCUGCCACCCGAUGAGCGGGGAGUGCGCGUGCCUGCCGGGCUGGGCCGGCCUGCACUGCAACGAGAGCUGCCCGCAGGGCACGCACGGGCCCGGCUGCCAGGAGCACUGCCUCUGCCUGCACGGCGGCGUGUGCCUGCCCGACAGCGGCCGCUGCCGCUGUGCGCCCGGCUACACGGGCCCGCACUGCGCCAGCCUCUGCCCCCCUGACACUUAUGGAGUCAACUGCUCCGCACGCUGCUCCUGCUUCAACGCCCUGGCCUGCUCGCCCAUCGACGGCGCCUGCGUCUGCAAGGAGGGUUGGCAGCCUGGUAACUGCUCUGUGCCCUGCUCGCCCGGAACCUGGGGCUUUGGCUGCAACGCCAGCUGCCAAUGUGCCCACGCGGUAGCCUGCAGCCCCCAGACCGGGGCCUGUACCUGCACUCCUGGGUGGCGGGGGGCCCACUGCCAGCUUCCGUGCCCAAAAGGACAGUUUGGUGAAGGCUGUGCCAGUCGCUGUGACUGUGACCACGCUGAUGGCUGUGACCCUGUUCACGGACGCUGCCAGUGCCAGGCUGGCUGGACGGGCCCCCGCUGCCACUUGCCCUGCCCUGAGGGCUUCUGGGGGGCAAACUGCAGUAACAUUUGCUCCUGCAAGAACGGGGGCACGUGCAUCCCUGAGAACGGCAACUGCGUGUGCACGCCCGGGUUCCGAGGCCCCUUCUGCCAGAGGCCCUGCCAGCCCGGCCGCUAUGGCAAACGCUGCGUGCCCUGCAAGUGUACCAACCAUUCCUCCUGCCACCCCUCCAACGGGACCUGCUACUGUCUGGCCGGCUGGACAGGCCCUGACUGCUCCCAGCCGUGCCCUCUAGGGCACUGGGGACCCAACUGUGCCCAGCUCUGCCAGUGCCGCCACGGGGGGAACUGCCACCCCCAGGAUGGGAGCUGUCUCUGCCCCCCAGGCUGGACCGGACAUCUCUGCUUGGAAGGCUGUCCUCCAGGGAUGUUUGGUGCCAACUGCUCCCAGUCAUGCCAGUGUGGUCCCGGAGAGAGGUGCCACCCGGAGACGGGAGCCUGUGUGUGUCCCCCGGGGCACAGUGGCGCCCCCUGCAGGAUUGUGGCCUACAACUCGCUGGGGGCAGUGAUCGGCAUCGCAGUGCUGGGGUCCCUGGUGGUAGCCCUGCUCGCGCUGUUCGUUGGCUAUCGCCAUUGGCAAAAGGGCAAGGAGCACCAGCACCUGGCGGUGGCCUACAGCAGCGGGCGGCUGGAUGGCUCUGAGUACGUCAUGCCAGAUGUCCCUCCCAGCUACAGUCACUACUACUCCAACCCCAGCUACCACACCCUGUCGCAGUGCUCGCCGAAGCCACCGCCCCCCAACAAGGUUCCAGGCAGUCAGCUCUUUGCCAGCCUCCAGGUCCCCGAGCGGCCGGUGGGAGCGCACGGGCAGGAGAACCACAGCACCCUGCCUGCUGACUGGAAGCGACGCAGGGAGCCCCCUGCAGGGCCUCCGGACAGGGGCAGCGGCCGCCUGAGCUACAGCCGCAGCUAUCGGAGCAGUGAUGGCCCCGGCCCGUUCUCUAGUAAAGGGCCCAUCUCCGAAGAGGGGCUGGGGGCCAGUGUGGCUUCCCUGAGCAGCGAAAACCCCUACGCCACCAUCCGGGACCUGCCGGGCCUCCUGGGGGGCCUGCGGGAGAGCAGCUAUGUGGAGAUGAAAGGCCCCCCGUCAGGGUCCCCCCCCAGGCAGCCCCCUCCGCUCCGGGACAGCCAGAGGUGGCGACACCCCCAGCCACAGAGAGACAGUGGCACCUAUGAACAGCCCAGCCCUCUGAUCUAUGAUGGAGAUUCUGUGGCCUCCCAGCCCCCACUGCCACCGGGCCUGCCCCCUGGCCACUACGACUCCCCGAAGAACAGCCACAUCCCUGGACACUAUGACUUGCCUCCAGUCCGGCACCCCCCGUCACCCCCAGUUCGGCGCCAGGACCGCUGAAGGGUCAGGGUCGUGUGCAGAAGCCAGCGUCCUUCACUGCCCGGGGCUGGGGGCAGAGCCUGCUGUACAGCCAGCGGCGCGGAGAGGACCGGUCGGCCGUGAACCUGAACACGUCUAACAAGGAGGUGAAUGUCCGGGAGACCCGGGCCUGGCUCCCAGGGUCCAUCAUGGGAGACUCUGGUCAGCGGGAGGCCUGCCUUCCCUUUUGUACGUUUUCCAACCUGCUGCUCCCCAAGGCCCCGGGGCCUUUGUACAUAAACUGGUGGGUUGAAUGUU